GCCCUGCUUUUCGUGAAGAAUUUAUGAGGAUAAUUUCGCUAAAACCACAAUUCAAUGGGCAACAUCGAUGUGUAGGCAUCAGCAGUUGGUCAUUUCGAUCAAGUUCGGUCAAAUAGUGGGCAGUGAGUUACGAAAAAUUUGCACCAAAGUUUUCACCUCUGCAGUGGGGUAGAAGUGGUAAUGCGCGUCGUUCGCCAUAUUUGGGUAGAAGAAAACAUGUUUCGGAAAAAGAUUUUUCACAGUUUCCGUGCCAUUAUGUCGCGUGGAGUGAACUAGUAAUUAGCAGCGUGUCGCAUAUUGUAGACAGCAAUAAGUUGUGGCCAAGGAAAAGCUUAGUUUUGCCAUCGAUUACGACGUGCAGGAACUGGUGUUAGAGUGGCAUUGUUUCGUCGAGGCGGGAAUAUGAGUGCAACAGAAGGUGCCGGAGGUGGGGACAAAUCGUCCUCGUCCUCCGGCCCCCAGACCGUCCCUGGUGGUGCAGGGAAACCGGUGGUCACAACCGCAAUUCCGAUAGAUUUGGCCUCGGCCUCGAAAGUGUUAGUUCGUCCGGAGAAAACAGCGAUGCCUACGACAACGUACAGAUUUGGCUCUACUGCCGGAAGUCAGAUGCGUGUAGUCAUCCCGAGCAGUGCGGCACCCCAGAAUUUCUACCGUCAACCAGCGAAUAUCAAGCAAGAUGCGACGACGAAUCGGACUCAAAUAAGUGCCAUUUCGGCGGCACGUACCGUCUCGCAGACCACCUCCCUGACGGUGUCUCGUGCGCCCCAGACUACGCCAACCACCGUGUCCUACCACGUAUCGAACCGUGUGUCUGCGACGCCAGUCGUGGGUGCUAGCCUGCAGGCGACGGCCCGCGCCACGACGAUAAAUGGCCCGAUUCGCAUUUCAACACCGCCGAUCCAGGUCGCGACCAACAGCACGACCGCGUUCGUCCAACGGCAGGCACCGACGGUAGUACCGGCACGCAACGUCACCACCUCGUCCGCUUCGUCCGGCGCCGUCUCAUCCUCGACGGCCGCCACCAUCAUCUCGCAGAACCAGAGUGGCCAGAGCGGUACGACGACGCUGGUACCGAAUUUUCAAAUGUCCACACAGCUGCUCCGAGCAAACAGUAUCGCGGCGGCAACCGGAGGAACGGUGACAGGUGUGGCCCCGAGAGCCAGAGUCGUAACGCAGACGACGCUGCCUACCAACCAUCAUCAGGUUUCGGUGAACAGCGGAAGCGCGGGAGCAGGUUCAACGGCCGUGGUCAGCAAUGUGGUGUCGGGUGGUCAGACGACGGGAGGAGCUGGUGCACCGCAAACGAUCGCAAUCAGUGGGGCACCGGGUGGUGGUGGUGGCGGUGGAGGUGGUGGUACCGUGACCGGUGGAAACUCCGGCGCUGGCAGUGGGCAAGCAAAUCAAUCACCGCAAGCGUUCGUCGCAACGCUAUCGGCCGUUCUUCAAGCACCUCGGCAAGUAUCCACGCUGGUUUACACGAACAACAGUAACGCCCAGCAAUACACGAUCGGACCGAACCAGCAGAGGCUUGCUCUGGCCACCACAUUGUCACCACAGCGGCCUCCCCAAGCAACCACCGUCACGACGGGCAUCCGACCCACGAUUCAGCGACUCCCGACAACGGCAGCGAACAUUCGCGUCAGCAACGGAAGCCUCAACUUCCGUCCACCGGUGCUUGCGUCCACCACGGUGCUGACAACGAUCGCAUCGGGAGGUGCGGGUACGGUCGGCACUGUUACCACUACCCAGCAGCAACAGCAGCAACAACAGCAACAGAUCCAACGCCCGGUGGUUACGGCGACCGGUGGUGCGACCGCCAUCUCGAACAGCAUCCCGGCGCGCAUCAUCCAAGUGCAAAAUCCGCAGAGUGGUACGACGGGUACGGCGCAGAUUGUAAAUGGCCGCAUCCAGACCAACCUGCUCAACAUCCAACCGUUGAUCGUGGCGAGCAACAAUCGACUGCCCCAGAGUGCACUUCAACCUGGGCUGACGAUUGCACAGGUUGGCAAGCUGACACCGGUGGCGACCGGAGGCGGUGGAGGAGCCGGAACCGGUGCUAACAUUGGUGCCGCCGAUGGAAGCCUCGGUACAACCACCCUGCAGACCGCUUCCGGACAACAGAUCGUCGUCAGUACCGGUGGGGUCGGCGGAGGUGGAUCCACCUCGGCGGCCAUUCUUGCCGGGAGUCUCAUCGCCACGAACCAAUCCGGCGCUGGCGUUGGAGGUGCCGUCUCGCAGCAGCAAUCGGCCUCGGGACAAAUCACGCAGAUUGUUAACGUCAAUGCUCCGACGGUGGUUUCCGUUGCGGGAGGAACGGGAGGUUCCAAUCAGUCGCAACAGCAACAGAUUGUGACCGUGAGUCAAGCAACGGGAGUUGGCGCUUCAUCGGGAGGUGGAGCAACCGUGAUACCCCUUCCACUGGCCCUCACGAGUGCCCGAAGCGUCGGUGGCGGUACUACCGGCCACAGUCCGCUUAGCAUAGUCACGGGAGGGAUAGUGCGUACGGCUGCUGCCGGUGGUGCUGGUGUUACCGGAGUGGCCACUUCCCUCUCCUCGGUGCUUCCGAUCGCGAAGGUCACCCCGCAACAACAGCAAACUUUAGUUUCGUUGGAAUCGUCGAGCGUCGGAGGAGGAGGUGGAGUUGUAACACAGCAUUACUCAGUGGCGGGAGGAGUCGGUACGGCUAGCGGUGGUACUGGUCCGUCGCUUUACAUACAGACACGUCCCCAGCCUCAAGGUACGACAACGGGUACGAUCAUUGCAGCCACUGGAGGUGCCGGAUCGGCUCCGGGUGGUGGUAGCGCGAAAGGAAACACGACACUCAGUGUCGUUUCCUCCUCCUCUGUCCUCGGCGGUGUUGGUAGUGGUGGAGGUGGUGGUGGUGGUUCAUCUGCAUCAGCCACCACCUUCCUGCCGACGUCCACGUUCUAUUACGAGCGAUUAACAUCAUCUCCUGCGACGAGCAACAGUAGCAGCAACGUUCCUUCUUCGAGCACUUCGGCAGUAUCGUCUGCAUCGUCCUCUGGUGCGGGCUCCUCAACGGUCACGCUUGUGCAGAGUGCCUCGGCGGCAUCGUCGUCCGCCGCCACCAUUACGACAACGAGUGCAAUCAGUGGGCCCGUUUUCUCCAUCCCUUCAUCCUCGAGUGUGAUCAGCAGCGGAAGUUCGGGUAGCACCACAACGGUAGUGACUGUGGCAGGCGGUGCCGGUAGUGGAGGUAGUGUCAAUCCUACCCUCACGCCCUACGGAACGUCAGGUUCAUUUGCGAUCGUACAGGCGAGUGCCGCCACACUUCCUUCAUCAUCGUCGUCGGCGGCGAACGCUGGAGGCCGGACGGCUACGCUCACUUCCGGGCCGAUCCAUGGUAUCGUCCCCGCUUCGAUCCAAGGCAGCAGUGCCACCGUCACCGGUAGUAUCGUAUCCGUCUCGCAACAGUCGGGCGCUGCCGGUGGUGGUGCGCCUUCGGCGACGCAAAUCGUACCGAUCCGGUUCCAUCCGCAGCUGAUCGUCGACAGCAGUGGACAGACGCAGCAGAUAAUCGUCUCAAGCGGCGCAUCCGGUGCUAACAUUGUCCCGCUCAUUCCGGUCAGUGGAAAUCGGAACACCGUGGGGAAUAAUAACACCACCACCACGGCGACCGUUGUGGCCACCUCGAAGCAACAGCAACACCACCAACAAGAAUCACCCCAAUCGAGCAUCCUGCGUAAACGAGCUCUUGUCGAAAGUGUCGCCCUCAAGACGACACCGGUGGUGAAGGAUCUCACCCAGGCACUGAUGGUGGUGGAACGGGAACGGGAGCAGCAGGAAGCCCAACUACAAUUCCUACAACAGCAUCAGCAGCAGCAACAGCAGCAACAACACCAUCAGCAUCUGGUCACGGAUCUACGUGAUAUGGCUGGUACGCCACCAUUGUCCCACUCACGGCCACCCUCUACCGAUGGCUCGACGACAGUCAGCGCCACCUCGAGUCCGGGGCUAGACGAGCAGGAAGAGGAGGAGGUGCGGGCACAAGCGUACGCUAACCGGAACAGUAAUGCCAUAUCGGGCGACGGUCACUUUAAACCGGUCCAAGGCGAACUGCACUACCUUCAGCAACCGAGAGAUAUAAUGUCCCUUCAUUGCACGGAAAGCUUCCCAACGAACCUCGGCACGACGACACUCACAGUGGUCCCGAUUGCGAACCACACGGUUGUGAGUGUGGCGGCCAGUAGCAAAAACGGUGACUACGAGCAGACCCCACGUAAAAAGGCACGCAAACAAUUGCAUCUACCGAUGUCGGAAACAGGGGGUGCCACGUUGAAAACAAUAAGCACCACCGGUGUCGUAUCAUCAGCCUCGACCGCAAACAACAGCACACAUCAAACGGCAUCGACGACGACGACUACGACGACACUGUUCGUGGCGGACAGUCCUAAGGCCGAAGCGACGCCAAAAGCGACGGAUGAAGAACGGAUGGAUACGAGUGGUUCCGGUAUCGUGGUGCUUGGUACCGUUCCUUCAUCCUCCUCGGCGUCGUCAUCGUCCUCGUCAUCAUCAUCGUCGUCGUCAUCGGUUGCCGGUCAAAUGGUGUCCUCGCAGGCCGUAGCAGGUGGCAAGCAUAACAGUUUAAACGUCGUUGGUUCGGUCACCACGUCAACGAUGGCCAACUCUUCCACCAUCAGCAGCAGCAGCAAUAGCACAACUAAUGUUCGGAUGGAUCCACCGGUCGUUUCUUCAUCCUCCACGGCACAUACAGCGGUACCACAAUCGCAGGCACCUGGAACCACCGUUGUGGUGGCAGCGUCGAAAUCGAGCACUGCGCUACGAAAAAAUAACAAUUACAGUUUACUUCAGUCGUACAAACAAACAUGGAAAGCGGCCAACAAUCACUUCCAGCGGUACACGGAUGUGAAGCAGCGCGAGGAACGGCGCCCGACGGUCAUGGACAUCGCCAACCAGUCGCAUAUCCUGCAGAAGGUGAAUGGCUGGAAGAUUUACCACCUCAGCGCGCAGAUAGAGGAUUUGUGCAAUCUUGAAUCUCAAGCUUACGGUAAUCUGGGUCAGAUGCUACGUGCGAUGGAAAGUGCCAGCAGUGCUAAUGGUGGGGCGAGUAGUAGCAGCUCUAGCAGUUCGGUAAAAUCUAGCACCGAUAUUGAGCGAAUCAAUGAACUGUUAAAGGGUAACAUGCAGCGAAGCAAAAUUGUCAUGGACGGCAUCAACGAGGCGCGGGUGCAGAUUAUGAAAAUCUUCAAACACAAACCGCACGUUUCCGAUAUUCUGGUGCGAUGCGCCUCAAAGCGCAACGUUAAAAAGCGAGAGAAAACUUAAGCCGGUUGAACUCAUUUGUCAUUCUUCAAGAUUUGUACAGAAACCAUAUUUUUGUGUAGCUGCAUUUAAAAUCAACUUAAAAUGAUUUUAUUUUUCGGUUAUAUUUUUGCAAAGUCUAUAUUUGAAAAAUGGAUAACAAGGUUACAGUUCCAUUAUAGCUUGACACCUUUUUUGUAUAUCAUUAUGUAUCAAAAAAGUGUUGUUGUUUGAAAUCUUCGCUCAAUUAGUGAAAAAAGCACUCGUUGGUGGAGCGGCUGAGACGUUUGUGAUUAGUAUUACGCAUAGUCAUCGUAGGCCCUCCGUCCACAGGGACAGCAGAAUUUUGUAUAGGUUUUAUUUCGAGCGAAUCAUAGGAAGGUAAUUAGGAUCUCUCCUCAAAAAUGUGUACAGCUUCCGUUCGCCGACGGCGGUCGAACGUUUUCUCCCGAUUUCGGGGGUUAUUCUCCCUAGGCUUAAAUAGUAGGCGAUUGAAUUUGCUGGUGGAAUAAUUGUAGUGGAUUAUUUUAAUCAAAGCAACUGUACGCAUGCACGGAGAAGACAACAACGAGCACGGUGUACCAAUCACGCACGUGGCUCGAUGGAGAAUCUCCAUCCUUCCAGGAUGGUACGUUUUCUCUCGUGCGUUAGAUUGUGUCAUAGUUAGGCUUGCGGUUUGAUUUACCUUUCCGUCAAAACACCACAUCAAGAAGGGUGAUAGGUUUUAGAAAAAUUUAAUUUUGUUUUUCUCUAUUGAUAAAUACAAAUAAAAAACUUCUCUUGUUUGAA